CAAUUUUACAUCUUCUUGGCAAUUCUUGUUUACACAGGCCUUGUAAGUGUACACCACAGAGCUGACUAUUGGAGAAAAGAAUGGCCUUAUAACUUUCACUUUCCCAGUGACACUAUGUCAAGAAACCAUUUUGAAGCUAUCUUGUGGUCAUUGCACCUUAGCAGCCCAAAAGAUGAUGAGGACAAUGAAAAUAAAAGAAACACCCCAGAGUACGACCGGCUUUCCAAAAUAAAGCCACUCUACAACCAGAUUGUGACUGCCUGCAAAGCCCUUUUCCAGCCAUAUAAAAACAUUUGCAUCGAUGAGAGAAUGGUGGCAUCUAAGGCUAGGAUAUCAAUGAAACAGUUUAUGAAGGACAAGCCCACAAAGUGGGGAUAUAAACUGUUUGUCUUGGCUGAUUCAGACACUGGCUACACCUGGAAUUUUUUUGUUUACAAGGGGAAGAGUGAGGUCAGCACAACACAUGGGCUAAGCUACUCAGCUGUUAUGGAUCUUUUACAUCUGUCAUUGCUUGGCCAGGGCUACAUUUUGUAUGUGGACAAUUUUUACACAAGCCCUACACUCUUCAGUGACCUAUAUAAAAAAAAAAUUAGCUGUUGUGGCACUAUUAGAAAAAACCGGACUGGUUUUCCGCGCACACUCAAAAAUGACUUUCCUAAGAAGGCUGAGAGGGGAGAUGUGCGCUGGAUAAGGAAAGGCGAACUGCUGUUUGUGAAGUGGACUGACACUCGAGAAGUCACAAUGUGCUCCACAGUGCACAAAGCCUUCAGCGGGAAGACUGUACAGCGAAAAGUGAAGGAGGCUGCAGGUUGGACAACAAAGGCUGUACCUGUUCCAGAUUGUGUUGUGGACUACAACAAGAACAUGGGUGGUGUUGAUUUGUCCGAUGCUCUGAUUGGUUAUUACACUGUCCUCCAUAAAACUAUGAAAUGGUAUAAAACUUUGUUUUAUCAUUUCUUAGACAUUGCUGUUGUUAACAGUUUUCUUUUGCAUAUGGAGUUAUGCAAGAGGCAAGGUAAGGAGCCAAUGACACAAAAAAUGUUUCGGGAGCAGCUUGCCAAGGAGAUGCUGGACUUUGCUGCUGCCUCAGCAUUACCACCACCACCAACACCAUUGUCUAACCUCACCUGCAUGCCAUGUUAUUUUGGCAGCAAUGCAACAGAUCUAAGGAGAUAUUGCAGGAGGUGCCAGGAUGCUGGCAUUCUGAGGGUGAAAACCCCAAUUUAUUGUAGGGCCUGCAACGUCCCUCUGUGCCUCACAUCAAAAAACAACUGCUUUAAAAUGUGGCAUGAUGAGCAUCAAUAAAUGAUUUUUUUAAAUAUGUAGUGUAGAGUUGAAAAUGUCACAGUUGUUUUUGUUCUUGUAAUGUUUACAAUAUUGACAUUUUGGAAUUUGAAUAAAUGUUUUCCAGUUGGAGUCAAAUGUAA